AUGGAGCAAGAUAAGCCUUUCAAGACCAUCGAGCUGCUCGAUUCUCGCACAAAGCAGUUGUGCAAGGUCGCUUGCAUGUCUUGCAUCCGGGGUCACCGAACAACGUCCUGUGGCAUACCCGUCUGCCGGACCAAAAUUUUCUGGACCGUCAAGAGACCGGGCCGGCCUUCGAACUCCUGUACUUGUCGCUACGGUGCCACUGGAGGCUGCAAGUGCGUUGUGGCGAGAUCUGCGUGUCCGCACAAGUCGAAGAAGGGCGAGAAGCGCGCAGGCGAAUGCCGCUGUGAUGAGCAGGGUCGAUAUUGUUGCCUCAUAGAACCCGAUCACUGGAAGCUGCUCCUGGCGUUGCAGAAUCCUACCGUCGACUUCUACCCAAAUCGUGACGCUCUAGAGAACCGCCAUGUGGUCAGUUCGUCCAUGGCUUUUUCGCCGGCACCUUCCUUUAUCACUUCAAGUCCACAUCCGUCGAGUGGACUGUCGACCAUGUCACCCACAACGCCUAACAUGCCUCCGAUGCACACCAUGAUGAACGGCUUUAGUGCCUAUCCACAACGACCGAGCACCUUGUCGCCACAGUUCGGUGUCUUAGCAAUGGACUCGCCACUCAGUGUCGCACAAGACGCCAUGGUGUGGGAAAGCCAAAGUCCGCUGGCGGCCCGGGACAGCGGAACACAAUACGCAUAUGCAGGUUCGCAGCAGGAGUCCGGGUCGUGUUGCCAGCCUGCGACACCGACCGUCCCUACCCUUGGUGUUCCUUCGCCUCAACAGCAGCAUCAGGAGAUGAUAGGUCAAGCAGUCCCAUUGACGAGCCCAUUACCGACACCACAGCUGUACAGCAACGAGCAUAUUGCAGCAGCCACGACUGCUCAAAUGCAGCAGACCACGCCUGCCUUCGACUUCCAGCGAUUGCAAACCGACUACUUCAACUAUCAAUUUCCAUCCGCCAUCUGUCAGAACUGCGGUCUGUAUGGCUGUUCUUGCCGCAACUGUCCGCCCGUUUUUCAAAAUUUUGGCACUACCUCGUGGGCACAAUAUUGUGGACGGAAGCACGCUCGCGAAGCGCCGCCCCCGCCGACACUGCCGGUCAUCGCACCGAAGAUUGCCCCUCCGCAACAAACCUGGAUGGCGGAGCAGGUCGUGCCCAGUAUGCAGGCCGAUCAGCCGAUCGUGCACGACGGAUUCAUACAAUCCCCGCCGUUUCCUCUUCCUGAUCAGAAUUUCCAACUGGACUUCAGUGAUCUGAAUAUGGUCCCCCCUGUCGAUCCUUUGGCUUUCGAUUCUUUCGUUCUGGGAUCUGAGUUGUUGUUGCCAGCGGGCGCAGAUUCUUUGAACCUAGACGAAUACCUUCUUUCGGAUUUGAAUAACACAUCGCACGAUGCUAUGGAGGUCGUCAACGAGGUCAAACCCGAUGACGAUCAGAGCGGUGGAGGCGGUGGUUGUUGCUGCGGGGGGUGA